CACCCCGCGAAUUCCGGCACCCGGAGCCACCCACCCUCGGGCCAGGUCACUGCGCGGGGUGACGGUGCGUGGCAUCUGAAGAGCCUGUCGUCUGGUCUGUGCGGCGGGAAGCGGCGGCGGCGGCGGCGUCGUGCCAGCGUGCGAAGAGUCUCUGUAGAAGCUGAAAUCCAUCAAUCAUUAUUCUUCAAAAUGCAAUGGAAUGUACCAAGGACUGUAUUCCGACUUGCACAUAGGACAUGCCUGGAACCACUUAAAGUUGGUCUUUUUGGACAUUGUCAAAACUUAAAAGGAGCGAUAAUUUCACAUAAUACUGAAUGUAGAGUAGUUUUGAUUGCAGGCUCUCAAAAACAAUGGUUGCAUGUAUCUACUGCCCAGUUUGCUGGAAAGGAAAGGAAGACAUUCAGUCAUGCACCCCAGCCAGGGGUCCUUCAGCAGAAGGAGUGGAAGCAAGAUAUUUUAUCCCAGAGGGUUAUAUCGUCCAAAUCCACAUCCUCAGAAACUCCGGACAAAAAGGAAGAACUUGAUCCUUUACAAGACACGUCUAUUAGUCUUUAUCAACGAUUUAAGAGGACAUUUAGACAAUAUGGAAAAGUUUUGAUUCCUGUGCAUCUAAUAACCUCUGGAGUUUGGUUUGGAACAUUUUAUUAUGCAGCCAUAAAAGGAAUGAAUGUUGUUCCUUUCCUUGAACUUCUUGGGUUACCUGACAAUGUGGUGAACAUUCUAAAAAAUUCCCAGAGUGGAAAUGCACUAACUGCAUAUGCUUUGUUUAAGAUUGCAACACCUGCCCGCUAUACGGUGACUCUGGGAGGAACUUCCUUCACUGUGAAGUACUUGCGGAAGCAUGGUUACAUGUCAACACCUCCUCCUGUUAAAGGAUAUCUCCAAGACAAGAUGGAGGUGACGAAGGAGCUUCUCACAGAGAAAAUGGAAGAAACUAAGGAUAGACUCACUGAAAAAUUACACGAAACCAAAGGAAAAGUUUCUUUAAAGAAAAAAGUGGAAUAGGGUGCCUUAUAUAACAGGUUGUAGGAAAUUCCUGCAUUUUAUCCCUUUGGAGACUAUGGACAAAGAUAUAUGUUCCUGAUUAUCUUUUUGGUUAGUUACCUAAAUAUACCAGUUCUUUGAGAGUUAUGGAACUGAUACCUUUUAAAAAUUAAAUAUUACUAGGGGAAAAAUAAAAUCAGUGUUUCUUGACGAUAAAGAAAACCCAGUAUAAUAAAUUCCUGUCAGUAGUAACAUUAAGCAGUAUUCAGUGUCUUAUACACUGACACUCUUUUUCAGGUUCUUCAAAAUCAUACUUGUUGCAUUAUGUUUUGUUAUAGCUAGAAUUAUGCACACUAGCCAGUGGAUUCCUUGAAUAACCCACGCAGCCUUAUUAGGCAGGUUGUUAACACUAGACUUUGUCUAAUGUCUCUUUGUCUUACUUGUUGAGGUUUAACUGUAUUCUGUUCACAGUGCGGAGACAAACUUUUAUAAAAACUGCCUACCUGUGACUAAAAUGAUACAAAACAAUACCUAAUGGUUAUAUGCCAAUAAAAAAUACAGAGUUUUUAUGAAGAAUGUUGAAUAAAAAUUGAGUCAUGUAAAUAAGAUGUAUUGGUUAUAUGUAAAUGAGGAAAUUGGCUGGAUUUUUAUCUGGUUUGUCAUAAUCAUAUUUUUUAAAAGCAAAUAUAUAUUGCCAGUGUUUCUCCUGGGACAUAAAACUGUACUGUGAAUUGUUUGUAUCUUCUUCUGCUAAUAUUUCAGGGAAAAGUGAAAACCUUAAGUUCGUUGUUAGAAAUCAGACAUUGUUAAGUAGUAUUUUAAAUUUGUAGUUCUCAAUCAGGUACAGAGUUGGAGGAUGGAAAAUAACAUUGGGCUGGAGAUGCAUGGGAUCAGCUCCUUGAGGCAGCCUCUUCCCAGCUUCUUUCUUUCAGACUUACUAUUGAUUUUAGUAUCAAGUCAAUUUAAAAAUUGUUCCUGCUACUUGCCCCCCCCCACAAACACAUAUUGAAAUAUCCUUGCCCAGAGCAUUUUAUUUAAAAUAUUAAAAUAGAAAAUCUAUCAUUAGAUUAUCUACUUGGAAUAAAAUUCAGCCAUUGUCAUGUAUGAAAGUUGCUAGGAUCACACAGGUGUUUUAGGUUGUAUAUCUAUUUGCUCUAACUAUUUUAACUCAAUUCUAACCAUUGAGUAGCCUCUAGCUUGAACUAGUCAUAAGGCUAGAGGAUGUCGAAAGAGCCUCCCGCAAAAAGUCCUGCAGAGAUCGUGACAGUUUGGCAGGAUUUUUGUAUUAAAUUCACAGUACAUCCAAACUUAGAUAAUAUCUAAAGGAAAAAAUGUUUACACUUAUUAUAUGUAAUGAUAGGGCUGGAGCGAUAGCACAGCGGGUAGAGCAUUUGCCUUGCACUCAGCCAACAUGGCCGACCGGAGUUCAAGUCCUCCUCCCCCCCCCCUCCCGAGAGCCCGGGUAGCUACCGAGAGUAUCUUGCCAGCACGGCAAAGCCUGGCAAGCUACCCGUGAUGUAUUCGAUAUGCCAAACACAGUAACUAGUCUCAUAGUGUUACUGGGCCCACUCGAGCAAAUCAAUGAACAAUGGGAGGACAGUGAUAUAAUGAUACGUAAUCAUUACAUUGGAAUACUUUUUUAACUGGAAUCUUUUUGAGUGACAGUAGAAUAGUGAGAGCAAGAGAGCUGCUGGUCUGCUGAUGGAUGAGAUGAGUUUUCUUUUGCAAGUGAGGCAACUAGUUCACAACUGAUGGCACACUUUAAAUCAAAGCACAACAUGAUUUAUCUGAUGAAGUCAUUUGCAGCUUUGAAGAAUUAAAAUGUUAUGAUACUUAUUUCUUGGGGCUUAUUAUUACUAUUUUGCCACGGAGACUAUAUCUGUGCUUAGAAAUCUUUUUUGGAAACUCUUCAAUAAAAUUGCCUUUUAUUUUUUUUUUUUUUACAUGGCACAGGGUGUAUUUGCCAGUGGGUCACUAAUAAUCCUGAGGCUUAAAUUUGCUUUUCUUAAGUAAUCUACCUUUUAGAUAGUUCAUUUGAGUUGUUAUCGUUGAGUCUCAAAUUUUGUUGUUUUUAAGCCAGUUAUAGAAAGUGAGACACUGAUGAAGACUUUAAAUUCUCUGGGGGG